CAAAAAGAGGAGCAGUCACAAACCCUGCGUGCCGAACAAGGAGUCCUUGCUGAUCGCGGGGCUGCCAUUAUGUGCUUGAUGUACCUCUCGGCAAGUAACGGUGAACCCAAUGAAAUGGUCGGAAAAACCCUAGAACUUGGCAUUCACCUGCUCUCUGGAGGAAACGUGGACAUACAGCGGUUACUGAUCGAAUAUCUACAACUAAAGAAAGAUGUUCGUUUCUUUACAUCAAUGGCUGGACUGAUGAAUAAGUGCUCAGUACUCAAUUUGGAAAUGUUUGAGCGACAAAUCAAGGCUGAAGGACUAGGAAUGGGCGCAGAGUUAGCAUCGGGUGAUAAUCAAAAUCUUAACGAUGCAGAAUUCACGUGUUCACUGUUCCGAUUCUUGCAACUGACCUGCGAGGGCCAUAACUUGGAAUUCCAAAAUUAUCUUCGCACACAACCUGGUCAUACAACUAGUGUUAAUCUAAUCAACUGCACUGUUGACUACUUGCUAAGGCUGCAAGAGUCUGUAAUGGACUUCUACUGGCAUUAUUCUAGCAAGGAAGUGAUCGACGAAGGCGGUAAGGAGUAUUUCCUCAGAGCAAUUCAAGUCUGCAGUCAGGUGUUCAACACCCUUACCGAAAGCAUUCAGGGUCCAUGUGUGGGCAAUCAGAUGACGCUGGCAAAUUCACGUCUAUGGGAUGCUAUCAACGGUUUCUUCUUCCUGUUCGCUCAUAUGAUGGAAAAACUAUAUCGAAACUCAACGCAGCUGGAACUUUUGCGAGAAUUCCUCAAUCUGCAAAAAGACAUGAUCGUGUUGAUGCUUUCCAUGCUUGAAGGAAAUGUCCUCAAUGGACCAAUCGGAAAGCAAAUGGUGGACGCAUUGGUUGAAUCUCAACCGUCUGUGGAGAAAAUCCUCAAAUUUUCGGAUAUGUUCUUGAAACUAAAGGACCUGACUACUUCACAGGCGUUCCAGGACUUUGACACUAAUCGCGAUGGUUGGAUCAGCCCGAAAGAGUUCCAAAGAGCAAUGGAAAGUCAAAAGAUGUACACUGUUGAGGAUAUCACUUAUCUGAUGAUGUGUACUGAUGUAAAUAACGAUGGAAAGGUAGAUUACAUGGAGUUUACCGAAAGAUUCCACAAUCCUGCUCGAGAUAUCGGCUUCAAUUUGGCUGUACUGCUAACGAAUCUCAAAGAACAUAUCACGAAUGAUCCAAGACUGGAGAAGAUCAUAGAAAAGGCUCAAACUUUGUUGGAAUAUUUCGAUCCAUUCCUGGGAAGGAUUGAAAUCAUGGGAUCAAGCAAACGUGUUGAGAAGAUUUACUUUGAAAUCCAGGAAUCAUGGCUGGAGCAAUGGGGCAAACAACAAAUUCGUGAUUCCAAGAACUCCUUCCUCUUCAAUGUACUUCAAGACGACGGUGGAGAUCAAGGCAAGCUGGAAGCAUUCAUCAAUUUCUGUGAAGAUACGAUUUUCGAAAUGCAGCAUGCCGCAGAAAUCUCAGCUGGUGACAGCGAUUCAAAAGUUGAGAGAGCUCUUAAGCAGAGGGACUAUUUCUUGCAGCAGACCAGUACCAGAGAACAAAUCUCUGAGACCUUUAAGAGUGGAUACCAUUAUGGGUUGACUGCAGCCUCUGCAUUACGUCCUGAAAAUGUCAAACAAACGUUUAAGGGUAUCAGUGCGAAAGUAAAACAAAUGACUUGGUUGCAACUGCUCUGGGCAAUUGCUGUGCUCACCUUCCAAAUUGGAAAGGCGCUAGGAUAUGGCGUAUACUUGUUGUUGAUGACGUUGUUCCGAUUUGCCUACUAUCUGACCACACCUGAAAGAGAAGACGAGAUGCAUAAGGAUGAACCGAUGGAGCUACAUACACCUAUAUAUGGUCAUCCAAUCUUACCGGAAUUCCAUCGUACUCACAUAGGACUAGAAGCUUUCGGUCUAGCUGCUGAACAACUUCCAACAGGAAAUGGCUUACAUCAGGAUAUCCCUCGUAUUAUAACCGAGGACUUAACUACAUCAGAUGAACCAACGUCGACAACAUCUCCAACAUCGCCGACAUCGCAUCCUCCAUCGCCGCAUGGAAGUGUCCACAAAUCGCCAAGGCUACAUACACCUAUAUAUGGUCAUCCAAUCUUACCGGAAUUCCAUCGUACUCAUAUAGGACUAGAAGCUUUCGGUCUAGCUGCUGAACAACUUCCAACAGGAAAUGGCUUACACCAGGAUAUCCCGCGUAUCAUAACCGAGGAUUUGACCACAUCAGAUGAACCAACGUCGACAACGUCUCCAACGUCGCCGACAUCGCAUCCUCCAUCGCCGCAUGGAAGUGUCCACAAAGCGCCAAGGUUGGUUGGCAUAAGUUGUAUUGGUCAGGGUGAAGCAUCAACCAUGAGAUCUGGAUUUAGCUUGUAUGAGUCGAUCGGAGCACCACCACUAGCGGCUGCAGUUUCCGAGGUCGAUCUAACUGCGACAGGCGCUUAUGAACCAAAAAUCGCUGAGCAAAAUAUCGGACGCACGAGGGGAUCGAUCUUGAACAUGCUUGCAAGGAACUUCAAGCCGAUUGAGAAGACAACCCUCUAUCUGGCCUUCUUCAUUAACGUCAUCUUGCUGUUCCACAGAGUCGACAUCAGACAUGUGGAUACUUCAGGUUGGUGGAGAAGUGUUUCAGAAUUCAUGUUUUUUUUCGAUCUUCAUUUUUUGAUUCUUAAUUUUUUAUUGAAGUACUUUGCUGGCCGUAUUACUAUAAUGACCGAAGGUGUAGAAGUGGAAGAGGACGAUGAUACGGUGGAAACAGUCUACAUUAGCGGAAUGAUGAUACCGUAUAUCGAUUACGAAAUCACAGGAUGGGUUCUUGCACAGGUAAACCAUGUUUCCCCCAUUUUGAGGGUAUUCCUAUAAAU